AUUUUCUUUGUGCAUCCAACUGCUGGUGAGCUUUUUUUUCUUCGACUACUUCUGAACGCGGUCAAGAGUCCAAAGUCAUAUGACGAUCUUCUGACAGUCCACGGUGGACGCCAUGCAACCUUCAAGGCUGCUUUCAUGGCCCUUGGCCUCCUCCAAGACGAUCGGGAAUAA